ACUUGAUAAAUGGACACUUCUGCAUGUUCACAUUUAUCUACGAAGGUGAGUAGAUCCACCCAUCCACCCAUCAUCUACAUAAAUAAACCCGAAUCUUGGAACCUUUAUACUGAAGACAGAUAAGUAAAGCAAUUUUAUAUGUUUACGUGAUAUAAGAAGCACUGAAGGCAGAAUCAACUAAUUGUAAGAUCAUGAGUUUGACGACGGAUGGAAUUAUUGUUGAUUGUCAACCAUGAGUUUCCAUAGCUACUCCAAAAGAGAACCAUGUAAAGUUGGCUUGAUUUGAGGAGUGAAAAGGUAAAGAAGGUGGAAGAAAGUGGGGAAUCCUAAGCUUGACAAGGGCAACGGUAAAAUGACAUAAGCAUUGUCCCAUGUACACCAAGCCACUAGUGGGGUUGCUGAAUUGAGACCAAAUAAACUUAUCUUCAUUUCCAUUGUUAAAUCUAUCUCCGUUUGUUUCCCCUCUCCUACUUCGAUCUAAACCUUCAAGUCUGCCACGAUUCUUCCACCCUUUCCCUAUUCAUCUCCCCUCCACACACCUCUAAGAAAGUUCAGAUUGGUGAAGAUAUGAUCUUCCAGGAAGAAGCAAUUGAAAUAAAAACCCUCAAACACCAAAAUGAGAUGUUGAACAGCAACAAUAGCAAUGAAGGCUAUGAUGAUAACAAUCCAGGAGAGUGGCUGAAUCUGAGCCUAGGUGGAAAUUCACCCUCAACAGCAGGAGAUUAUGACUCACAAUCAAGACCUACUUCUAGCAAGGUUUUCUCAUGUAACUUCUGUAGAAGGAAGUUCUUCAGCUCACAGGCACUCGGGGGUCAUCAGAACGCCCACAAAAGGGAGAGGGGUGCAGCGAGAAGAUACCACUCCCAGAGGAUGAUGACAAUUAUGGGUUUGCCAGUGAAUUCUCCGAUGGCUAGAUCACUUGGGGUCAGGCCCCACACCCUUGUGCACAAGCCAAAUAGAGAUGGAACUGCUAUUGCAGGGAGAUUUAAUGAAGCCAGUUCAGGAUUUGAUAUGUCAUGGAUGCCCUUCACAGUUGAUGAUACAACGGAUUUGACAUGGCCAGGCAGCUUUCGCUUGGAUCCACAACCACCAGAGACAUCAUCAGAGCCACUCAAGCUUGACUUGAACCUUCGACUCUAAUCAAUCCCUUUGUUGUGGUUCCAAAUUUUCUUCUCGCAGAACAGUUUUUGACGAACCAUCUAAUACAGAAACUAAUACAGGCGGGCAACCAACCUUAUGAAGUGUUAAACAUCAUACAGAUUCUGCCUGGUUCUAGAAGAAACAUGGAAAAUGUUCUGCCAAGUGUGCAUGUCAUGUACGAGAAACCUAGAAAAUACCCCUACUCUUCAGUUCAAUUUCUGGAAAAAUAAAUGCCAGAUAACCAUAUUUAUAUGGCAGCUAACUAUGGGGAUUCCUUCAAUCCUAAUCAUCAACUUCCAGUUUUGAGCCACUGUACAUUUCUUUUUUAAGUGAUCAUUAAGUUUUUCUGGUACAAUAAUCAUAUCAUUUCACGCCAUCAGUUAUUAAGCUAUCUUUUUUAAAAAUAAUGAUAAUGCAGUUUAACAUUA